CAAGUACCAUCCCUAUCAGGUCGUGGGGAUGCAUAAAAAUAAAAACUGGCCAGUUAGUUUUCCAUUUGUUUUUCCUAAUAGGCUGUUGAGCCCCAAGUCAAUUCCGUCUGCCAAUUUAGGAAAUUUAAGCAACUGGCAGAGGCGAGACCAAGAAGGCUCUGCUUGACAAAGAUAGCCACGCACAAAUUCCUAGGACAGGAACAAAUCGCCACCACCUUCCAAUUCCCACCAAUCUUGUAAGCCUCUUUGGGGAGUCUUGCAACCAUGAAUGCCCUGCGGCAGUUUUACUUGGAGAUACCGGUGGUGACGCGGGCCUACACCACCGUUUGCGUCUUCACCACAUUGGCUGUGCACCUGGACCUGGUUUCGCCGCUGCAGCUGUACUUUAAUCCAACGCUUAUCGUUCGCAAGUUCCAAAUCUGGCGACUAGCCACCACAUUCCUCUACUUUGGCACCAUCGGCAUAAGCUUCUUUUUCAACAUGGUCUUUACCUACCGAUACUGCCGGAUGCUGGAGGACGGUUCGUUCCGUGGCCGUAGUUCUGACUUUGUAAUGAUGUUUAUAUUCGGCGGUGUGCUAAUGACCUUCUUUGGAAUUUUUGUCAACCUACUGUUCCUGGGCCAGGCGUUCACGCUGAUGCUUGUAUACGUGUGGUCACGACGCAACCCACUCGUACCAAUGAACUUUUUCGGAAUGUUAAACUUCCAGGCUCCCUACCUGCCGUGGGUCCUGCUCUGCUGCUCGAUGAUUCUGGGCAACACUGUGUGGGUGGACAUUAUUGGCAUGGGUGUGGGCCACAUAUACUAUGUGCUGGAGGACGUUUACCCCACGUUAUCCAACGGCUACAGACUGAUCAAAACGCCAUAUUUUCUAAAACGCCUCUUUAACGAGCACAUCGAACGCAACUACCAAGCACCUGUCGAGGAUCGACCCGGAGGCUUUCCAUGGGGUGGCGAGGGCGAACCAUUGCUGCCAGAGCAAAAUGAUGAAGUCGCCCAGCCCGACCGACCAGAACAACAAGCGCCAGCGGCGCAAUAGCAUCGCUGAAACUAGAUUGUUAAACUGUUUCCAUUUCUAAUGAAGUUGACAAUGCUGGGUACCACUCAGCUUUGGUGCUUGGUGUAAUUAAGCGAUUAGUAUUGAAGAGGCGUGCAAUAGUUAGCCAAAGUUAAUGCAGAGUGCGUGUAUGGUUACUUGUUUGUUUUUCCAUACAAGGACCAAGAACCACGCCAGAUGUACUUUUAAUUCGCCCUUAAGGGUUACCUUCACGACAGAUUGAACUUACACUGCACAUGUGAUUAUAUAUAUACAACCAUGCAAGAAAUAAAUCAAGAUGUAUAAAAAAUGUU